AUGAACUGUUUUUCAGAGCACUAUCAGCUAUAUGUUCCCGAAUCAGCCCAAGUUGGUUCAGCUGUUGGGAAAAUCAAGGCAAAUGAUGCAGACACAGGUCCAAAUGCUGACAUGACAUACUCCAUCGUUAAUGGUGAUGGUAUUGGGAUAUUCUCCAUCUCUACUGACAAAGAGACCAGAGAAGGGAUCCUUUCCUUAAAGAAGCCACUGAACUAUGAGAAAAAGAAGUCAUAUACCCUCAACAUAGAAGGCGCAAAUACACAUCUUGAUUUUCGCUUUUCUCACUUGGGUCCUUUUAAAGAUGCCACCAUGCUGAAGAUCAUUGUUGGGGAUGUAGAUGAACCACCACUGUUUACCAUGCCUUCUUAUGUUAUGGAAAUCCAUGAAAAUGCCAAGAUUGGGACUGUCGUUGGCACAGUUUUGGCACAAGACCCCGACAGUGCUAAUGGCUUAAUAAUGACAGAAAUAUCAGCAAUAAAAAAGAGACUUGAUGUUCUCAUUAUGAAUUGUGCAUUUAUAACUUUGACAUACAAUCCUGGUUUGCUGAGCCAUGUCACAGUGGGUAUUAGAGUUCUGGAUGUCAAUGACAAUCCACCCGAACUUGCCAGGGAAUAUGAUAUUGUUGUCUGUGAAAAUUCUAAGCCUGGCCAGGUUAUUCAUACCAUAAGUGCCACUGAUAAAGACGACUUUGCCAAUGGACCAAGGUUUAACUUCUUUCUUGAUGAACACCUGUCUAUAAACCCAAACUUCACUCUAAAGGACAAUGAAGAUAACACAGCGAGCAUUCUGACAAGGCGGAGGAGAUUUAGUCGAACUAUGCAGGAUGUGUAUUAUCUGCCCAUUAUGAUCUCUGACGGUGGAAUCCCCUCUCUCAGCAGCAGCGGGACCCUGACGGUCAGGGUUUGUGCCUGCGAGAGAGACGGGCGCUUGCGGACCUGCCAAUCAGAAGCGUUCCUGUCGUCCGCUGGUUUGAGCACAGGAGCCUUAAUCGCUAUUCUCCUGUGUGUAGUCAUUCUCCUGGCAAUCGUAGUACUUUUUAUCACAUUGAGACGCAGCAAAAAAGAGCCCCUGAUCAUUUCAGAGGAAGAUGUGCGGGAGAACGUGGUCACCUAUGAUGACGAGGGGGGCGGCGAGGAAGACACUGAGGCCUUUGACAUCACAGCCUUGAGGAAUCCGUCUACUGCUGAGGAGUUCAAAUAUCGGAGAGAUAUCAGGCCCGAAGUGAAGCUCACCCCCAGACACCAGAUAUUGUCCACUCUGGAGAGUAUAGAUGUUCAGGAAUUUAUUAAGCAAAAACUGGCAGAAGCUGACUUGGACCCCAGUGUCCCCCCUUAUGACUCCCUUCAGACUUAUGCCUAUGAAGGUCAGAGGUCAGAAGCUGGGUCCAUCAGCUCACUGGAUUCAGCCACGACACAAUCAGACCAGGAUUAUCACUACCUUGGAGACUGGGGGCCUGAGUUUAAAAAGUUAGCUGAACUCUAUGGAGAAAUAGAAUCUGAAAGAACAACUUAG